GAAGUGUGACAGUAUCCUGCAAAUCCUAAACCAGAUGCUCAUUGAUGCAGCUUCUCCAAAGAAACACGAAAGCAACCCCAAAAAGAAAUCACUGAGGGGGGGAAAGUGCAACAUGAAAGGUAAAAUGAAAAACUGGCCUUUUGAGAACAGCUGCUGGGAGAUGUGACGAACCAAGAGACCAGGGGAUUACUACACAGCUCCUGCAGAUUCUCACUGAAGGCAUCGGGUCAGCCUGCCAGAAAGUGUGUGCUGAGCUGUGGGUUCAGCACCCAAGGAUGGAAGUGCUACGUCGUUCCUCUGUCUUUGCUGCAGAGGUGAUGGAGGUUUUUGACAGGUCUCCCACUGACAAGGAGCUUGUGUCCCAAGCCAAGGCUCUCUGCAGAGACUACAUAAAUUCGAGGCUAAUUCGAGCGGGUGUCAGCUGGAGCAAACCUGAGUACAAUGUACCGGUGCCUGGUGGUAAGCUGGCCGAGGUAUCCACCAUACUGCUGCGACUAGGGGAUGAGCUGGAAUACAUCCGCCCCAACGUCUACCGGAAUAUCGCCCGCCAAUUGAACAUCUCGCUGCACUCUGAGACCGUGGUGACAGAUGCCUUCCUGGCCGUAGCUGCACAGAUUUUCACUGCAGGCAUAACAUGGGGCAAGGUCGUGUCCCUCUAUGCUGUGGCAGCUGGGCUGGCAGUGGACUGUGUGCGGCAUGCACAGCCAGCCAUGGUUCACACCAUCGUAGACUGCCUGGGAGAGUUUGUCCGCAAGACCUUGGUGACGUGGUUGAAGAGGAGAGGAGGCUGGGCAGACAUCACAAAAUGCGUGGUGAAUACUGACCCCAGCCUUCGCUCCCACUGGCUCGUGGCCGCUGUUUGCAGCUUUGGUCAUUUCCUCAAGGCUGUCUUCUUCGUCCUGCUUCCUGAGAGAUGAAUCCGAUCACCAAAUGCAGCCCCCUACCCCAUCUC